AUGGCUGAGGGUAUGAAUGAUGAAUCAUUGUUGGCUCGAAUUCGACUACUGGAACAUGAGCGUGAUGAAUUACGCAAAGAUAUCGAACAGCUAUGCAUGCAGCAAGCUGGGCCUGCCUAUCUUGCUGUCGCUACCCGAAUGCAUUUUCAAAGGACAGCUGGCUUGGAACAGGAGAUUGAGAGCUUGAAAAAUAAGUUGGCUUCAUGCACAAGAGACAGUCUAAAUCUACAAGAGGAGCUUUCUGAGGCUUACAGAAUUAAAAGUCAACUGGCAGAUCUACACAGUGCCGAGGUGGCGAAGAAUAUGGAAGCCGAGAAGCAAGUUAAAUUUUUCCAGGGCUGUGUAGGUGCUGCGUUCGCUGAAAGGGAUCAUGCAAUAAUUGAGGCUGAAAAGGCCAAGGAAAAGGAGGAGGCAAUGUCACAACAGAUAGAUGGUUUCCUCAAAAGGAUAGAAGAACUCACCUCAGUCUGUCUUAAGCAAAAGGAAUUUCAUGAUGCUCUGCAGAGUGAUCAAGCAAUGUAUACAGAGCAAAAUGAAAAUUUUAAGAAGGUUAUUAAUAAGUUCUUUCAGAUCAGGCAAUAUUCCCAGAAAGAAUGUGAUGAUUCAAGUUGGGAUGUUAAAUGUACAUGUCUUUUGGAUGACUCUGAGGAAUUAUGGAGUUUCAAUGAUGCUUCUACUUCUAAAUACAUUAGUGCAUUAGAAGAGCAGCUGGACAAAGUAAACAAUUCUGUGGACUAUCUUCAAAGUAAACUUAGGGUGGGCUUGGAAAUUGAAAACCACCUAAAGAAAAGAGUCAAUGUAAUGGAAAAGAAGCAAAUUUAUAUGAACAAAGUGAUUGAGAAUGGAAUAGCAGACUUAAAACAUCAUCAUUUUAACUAUAAGGAUCAAAUUCUGAAUUUACUUAAAGACGGGGAAUCCACUAUUAAAUCCAUAAUCAAUGAGAUUGAUGAAAGGAUCAGGAAGUUCAAUCAGAAUAUUGAGCCAAGUUUGGUCCCUCAAAGGGACACAGAAGUAGAAGAGAAUGAAUGUGGGGAUGCAGACAUAAGCCCGCAAGAUGAAACUGUUUCACAGCCCAAGAGUGGUCUUGGCUCUUUGGCAUUAAAAACUGAUGGACAAGGUGAUUCAUCUGAUGCUUUAGCAAUGGCGUUGCAACAAAAGGUUGAUACAUUAUUGCUGUUAUCACAGCAAGACGAAAGACAUCUAUUGGAGAGAAAUGUGAAUUCAGCCCUUCAAAUAAAGAAUGAAGAACUUAAAAGGAACUUGUUACAGGUUACUAAUGAAAAGGUGAAAGCUCUAAUGGAAUUGGCACAAUUAAAGCAGGAACAUCAAUUACUUCUGGAAAAAUUAGAUCAUGAGAGUAAACAAGGAGUUGACGGGGGAGAAAGAAAGCUUGUUAUCCGUGAAAGUGAUGGAACUCUAAAAAACUUGCUGAAGAAAUCAUAUUUGAGACGAUGGAUUGACCCACUGGACACUAGAGGAAAAGAAGUUGUCAGUAAUUCAAAUAAUGAAGGGAAGUUCAUCAGAUCCAACAGUGUGGAUUUUGCAAGAAUGAAGAUUGAAAAUGCAACACUUAAAGAAAGCAUGGAUGGCAUGGAGCGUUUAACUUCGUCAAUUCAUAGGCUUCGCCUCUCUCUUUGGAAGGUCAAGGAGUCUGUGACUUCCGAAGGUUCAGUUUCUGGUGUUUCAGAAGCCCUAAAUGGUGUUCUCAACGAGGCAAAACUUUUAAGGACUGCCCUUGGCAGCUCCUUACCAGUUAGUUUGUCAGUUGAGACAGAAGUUAGUUACAUUAGACAUAGUGUAGACACGGUUCAUCAGGAAUGCCGUGACGAGAAGAUAGACACUGUUUCUGCUGCCGGGCUUGAAAUGGUGGAGCUUUUGAUUUUUGCCGCUCAGAUGCUGAGGGACAUGUAA